AAACGAUGUUUAUGUCUUAGCCAUAGUUAGGCAUCGAGUCUUCCUGAGGGCUUAAGAGAGCUUGCCAUCGCCUUGCCAUCAUUUCCUCUAAAUGACAACCAGCAACAUGGCGGACGCAAAGGAAAACUUACGUGCCACCAACGCGGUACGAGAUGAAAGAGCUCGAAUCGACUCGAUUGUGCGAAAUAGCUCGGAGCAAUCUGUUUCACCCUAUAUGUCCCAGGUCUCAACAUACCGCGCGCGGAGUCGUCCACUCGACCACACAAGGCUGCUGCAGGAUCCCAAGGUGCAGGACUGGGCAGCUAUUGCGGGCACCCGGCGGUCCCUACCCACGAACGUCCCGGACGGUGGGGCAAGGAUCAACGUAAACAUCCUCAGAUACAAACGGGACACCGAUUACGUAAGCAGCACGCCGUACGACGGCGGCCCCAAGUACAACGAUGAGGUCUGCAUCAACAACUGGGUGCAGGAGCGCCGCGACAAGAACUACAAGUCGGGCUUUUUGCCCAAGGAGAUUCGCCACUCGAAUCGCUUCGACACCGAGUACAGCGCGCGGUUCAAGCCCAGCUCUGACGAGUAUGUACACCGGGUGACAUCCACCUACAACUCAGCGUCGCGUUUCCAGGGCCUGGCGCGCAUGGGCCCUACCGGCAUUGCCGACCCCAUUUUCCCCAGCAAAGCGUACGAAACCAGCGGUGAACACAUAUUCUACGUUAAGGACGGUUUCGGAGGCACGCCCUUCCAGGAUCACACCGUCGACACGAAGAAGGGCAACUUCUGGGUGGGCACCGCGGCGCCUAGCGAGCACGACACCAUCACCCACAGCACCAUGCGUAAGGAGCCCUUGGAGUUCCAGCGGCGGUGUCCAUCGGAAGACCCGCGGUCACAGAUCCUGCUCCGGAACAAGCCUCUGAUUUACGAGAGCGACCGGACGCUGAAGAUCCGCGAUGAGCUGGUCGCAACCAACCCGCACGUGCGGCAGUGGCGCACCAUUUACCAAUCCGAGCACAAAGACUACAGCCGGCGACCAGCCACGGUUGCGUAGCGUCCUGGGGGCGAUUGGGUGGCUAACUAAGCACUGCAUCAUUGCGUGAGAGGGGUGCACAGUCAGCGUUUGGAUGCGGGUUUUGUGGGAGGGCUCUUGAAGAAGGACGCCAGCCGGUGGAGCAGUGCGUAGGUCGUCCCGUCCGCUCGCUCCCAUGCUGUGAUGGGGAAUUGGAGCAGGGGGUGUAUACAGAUGUGUUCGCCUGGUUAUUUAUGGUGAUGCCGCGAUUCCAAUCCUCAGGUUAUGGUCAGGAAAGUCUUUAUGAGCAGGAGUGGGUGACUGUGCUUUGUACCCAAUGGUGACUGUGUUGUAUGUUCAUGUAUGUGCUAGGGAUAUAGUAGGGUCGCUGUGUGCUUCUUUCUCCUGCCACUUGCACGCUGCAAGCUGCAGCAGGAUGGUGAGGGCGAUGGUUCUCAGGAUAAGUAGGUAUUCAUGCAAGUUUGUGUUCUACGGAGGGCUACAGCUGCAUACGGGAACUGGUCGGCAUGUGGCGACGUGCGGUCCCUUACCGGUUCGUCGUCGCAAACGGCUUUCCGGGUGUCGGUUUCUUGGGUGUGAUGCAGGAUACCAGCAAGCGCUGCGAUGCAGGUUUGAGCGGUGUUUGGGGAGUACCCGUAGAUGGACAAAUGCGGCACAGUGCAAGAGUAGGGGCCCCGGUGAGUGUUGGAUACUUGGAUUGGUGCAUUCAUCCGGGCAGAACAAUCCUUCUCGUGACGAUGUGCUUGACGUUACUGAGAUGGAAGCCAAGGCUGUCAAAACCUUGCGACCCACGGGCCAUGUGGUGAGGCAUCCCUCCCCGAACGGGCGCGUGAAUAGUUAGUAUUGCCGCAAGUGCGUGUGGCUUUUACCGUUGUAUGUAGGUAGUGGUUUGAAGGUAUUCAUGUAUCCUGUGUGUUACAGCUUCAUCGGCGGGUCCAUGUUAUUUGUAUUUCUCCUGCUUUCAAUCUUCAUGACCGAGGUCGAACACAACCCCUCGGUCGAAACGUGGCUAUUCCCUGGGGCCAUUGAGCACCAAGCUUUUACUGUCAUUGAUGUAACCUUUUGUACGUCAGC